CCUGUGCCGAGUGCCACGUGUGAAGGGGGCGUGGAGAAAUUGGCCCACCAGCCACCAAGUGAUCCAAGGUUUGGAAAAGGAGCUGGGAAUGACUCCCAGGCGCUCACCUAGCCGCCCCCUGGCGACCCGAGGAAGCUGUGAUCGCGGCGCCUCGGACCCCCUGGUCCCCUCGGGAAUGAAGGCCCUCGGGGUGCUCCUGGUCUUCACGUCCUGCUUGGUAGCCCCCACCCACAGCAGCUUCUGGCAGUUUCAGAGGAUGGUCAAGCACAUCACAGGGCGGAGUGCCUUCUUCUCCUACUAUGGCUAUGGCUGCUACUGUGGGCUCGGGGGCAAGGGGACCCCCGUGGACGACACCGACAGGUGCUGCCUGGCCCAUGACUGCUGCUACGAGAAGCUGAAGCAGCUGGGCUGCCAGCCCUUGUUGAGCAGCUACCAGUUCCACAUCGUCAACAGCACCGUGGUCUGUGAGUGUGCCCCGGGUCCUGGUGUUGGCUGCCUCUGUGGGCUGCGGGCCUGCGAGUGCGACAAGCAGUCUGCUUACUGCUUCAAAGAGAACCUGCCCACCUACGAGAAAAACUUCAAGCAGUUCUUCCUGAGCCGGCCCCGGUGUGGCAGGCGCAAACUCCAGUGCUAGGGGGGCCACGGGAAACCCUUGCCCGUCAGCAUCCGCUCUAGGAUCGCUUCCGGGAAGCCCUCUCCCAUCAUCCCAACAGGCUCCAAUCCAUGCGGCUCACCCGCCAGCAUCCGGCUGGGGGUACUCCUUUGUCAUUCAGCACCAGAGGGCUGGAGAACAAAGACAAAAUCCUGGCAUUCAAUGGAGGGAGACAGACCAUACGAGCAUCCACAAGUCCGUAACACAUUCCGAUGGCAGUAGGGGUAGGAGGCAAUGAAACAAGAUGACAGCAUAGAGAUGUCCCCAACACCCACCCUAGGGAGUUCCCAGGAGGGAAGAAGCCCAAGGAUCUUCCCUAAAGUCUCCCUCCACCCCCACCCCAAACCAGGAUGCAGGGCGGACUUGGGGAAUGGGCCCACAGUCCAGAUCUAGUUGUGAGCAGAGCAAGGUCUUGGCACACACGCCACGGAUCCUUGAGGCACACUCGGAGCUUGUCUUUCAUUGGCUCGAGUUCUGCCUUCUGAAAAGGCUCAGGGGAGAGAAAAUUGAUGCCAUCGUCAUCUCUCAGGAGACAGAGCAUGAGAGCAUCAAAAAGCGACA